AUGGCCGUCUCAACCCCUAGCCCGCCCGGCAGCCGCUUCAAGAAUGUAAUGCUAAUGGAUAUGGAAGACCUUGACGACGACGACGACGACGACGACGAUGAUGACAAGGAUGAUGAUAAUUCUCUUUUCCCAGCUGGACCAUCCAUAAUACCCUUUGACAUAUUUCCAGUAUGCCCUUUUGGAUGUCAGUGCUACUCGAGAGUUGUCCACUGCUCUGAUUUGGGUCUGACCUCAAUACCAAAGAAUAUUCCAUUUGAUACUCGCAUGAUUGAUCUUCAAAACAACAAAAUAAAAGAAGUCAAGGAAAAUGAUCUCAAAGGACUUACAUCACUAUAUGCACUUGCAUUGAACAACAACAAGAUAACUAAAAUCCACCCCAAAGCAUUUCAAUCAACAAAGAAGUUGCGACGCCUCUACCUGUCUCAUAAUCAUUUAACGGAGAUUCCAGCCAAUCUGCCAAAAAGUUUAGCUGAGUUAAGAAUUCAUGAUAAUAAAGUUAAAAAAAUACACAAAGAAGCAUUUAAAGGAAUGAAGUCUUUGCACGUUUUAGGACUGUGCAUCUCAAGGCAUGAAGGAAUGUAUGCUUUUGCUUCUGUUGGCUUAUGUUCUGGCUAA